UUGACCACUCGUCGCCCCUCGCAGUUUCCACCCGAGAAAAAUCAGCCAGAGCAGCCAAACAGCGGAUCCCCUCGCGUUCCACUUCCAAAGCCAAGAACAAUAGCCCUUAAAAAUCCAAAAGAAAAAAAACUGCCGCGCGGAUCAAGGACCUCAGUGGAAAAGCCCCCCCCCAAUAUCGAAAGACCUAGAGCUCAAAUGUAUAACGGCCGCCGUUCGAAGGCGUCGAAGAAGAAGUCAGGAUGUCGUUACCGAGAGAGUGGAGUUAUCACCAGGAGUCGAGGACCAUCGCUGACCCCUACGCCAACGGUGCACAGUCGCAAGAUCUCGUCGUACCAUCGGAAUCACUCGUCGACGAGAACCUGAAGCAGCCGAAUUCCCUCGGCUCGUUGCUGUCCAUUCACUCAGCACCAGUUUACGAAGUUGCAACGGGCGCAUCAUCACCAACACGACCAGCAUCACUCGUGGUCCAAGCAACAGCAACAUCAACACCGGUAGUACCACCCCAUCUCAGCCCCGAGACCAUUGAUGACGAGGACAAUGAUAAUCUUCUGACAAUUUCGAGUCUGACGGCGCGUCCGCUUAUCGCCAAGUCCCGGGAGAUUCGCUCGUCCAAGAAGUUCGAGAGGGGCAGGAAGAAGCAUAAAAAUUUGAGACCUAAGAAUGCCACUUAUGUGCCCCUUGAUGGGGGGUAUGGCUGGGUGAUUGUUGGGGGGGCCUUCUUCGUUCAAUUCUGGGUCGCUGGGCUUGUCAAGUCCUAUGGGGUACUCUAUGUCGAAGUUAUGGAGACUUUCAAGGGCUCCUCCGCUGCUGUCGCCUCUUGGAUUCCUGCUAUUUUGUCGUGUCUUUGUCUUGCUCUAGCACCAGUUACCAGCAUGCUUUGUCAGAAGUACAGCUGUCGGGCUGUUGUAUUCAUCGGUGGACUCUUUUGUACACUUGGUUUGACCAUCAGCUAUUUCGCAACGAAUUUGGUUCAUCUAUUCUUCACGUUUGGUGUUUUAACAGGAAUUGGCGGUGGUCUCUCCACAACCCCCGGAAUAAUAAUAGUAUCCCAGUACUUCGAUAAACACCGCGCCCUGGCGAACGGUAUCUGCGUGUCAGGAACGGCGGCAGGAAGCUUCGUAUUUCCCCUCCUGAUCGAGACCCUAGUCGCAAAUUUUGGAUUUCACGGAACGAUUCUCCUUCUGGGUGGUUGCAUGCUGCACGUCUGCGUCUCCGCGACCCUCUACCGUCCCCUGGAGGACAACCCCUCAGCCAUGGUAAUGACAGUGAGCCCAGGCAUCAUCGACACCAUAUCAGAGACGCCCCCCACCAAGCAGCAGAAGCUGGAACUUCUCUUCGCGAAUGAUUCCACGACACGGCACAACCUCUUCAACGAGCUGUUCCACCAGAAUAGUGUAGCUGCUGUUGAGCUAACCGACAGCGAGGAAGAGAAGGACAUCAUGGGCGAGGGAAUGAGAAUGAAGCCAAUCUCGAAAAUAAGAAGUUCGAGUAUUCUUCACAGCGUUGAGGAUCUCUCAACCGAUUCAACUUGUGUUUACAAAGCGAGAUCUUCGUUGAGAUCACUCAAGUCGUCGGUGCCCUUUGUCAAUGGCUCAUUACCCACUAAAGACCCUGAACCCAUUGAUCUACCCGACAAGGAGAAGAGGAGCAGUGUCUCACAGAAGAUAGCGCAGUACAUCGAUCUGAGCUUGCUGAAGAAUCCACAGUUCAUCAUGAUGUGUCUGUCUGUUACUCUGAUGAGCACUGGCAGCCCUUACAUGCUGUAUUACCUGCCAGCUUAUGUCCAUAAUUCUGGGUAUUCCAAGUCAGAGGCUGGCUAUCUUGUUGCUAUCUCUGCUGCUUUGGAUCUUUGCGGAAGACUGGGACUGGGGUGGCUAUCAGAUCUACAGUUGUUUGAUCGACGAAAAGGGUAUAUUGGGAGCAUUGUCGGGGCCGGUGUGGCAGUUCUGGCGAUUCCCAUGGCUCAUUCUUUCUACGUCCUGGUGUGUUCGGUUGGAAUGUACGGUUUAUGCCUGGGUUGCUGGUUCUUACUGGUGCCAGUGUUGUUGGCUGAUCAAUAUGGGGUGGAGAAGAUAUCAUCGAGCUAUGGGCUUGUGAGGAUGUUUCAAAGUGUUGGAGCUAUCUCCAUUCCACCUCUCGCAGGUUACCUCAGGGAUUUAACAGGGAGCUACUCAGUUUGUUUCGUGUGCAUGGGCACAUGCAUGGUCCUCGGUGGUAUACCCCUCCUCGUUGUGCCCAGUGAACCACGAAAACAAACAAUAACAGCAAAAUUAUCCGUGAAUUUACCAUCAGAUACUAAGGAAACAUCGGAAACAACAAAAAAUUAGUACCUCAGAGCAGAUUAAUAUAAUAAAAUUCAUGUUGUUGAUGAAAAAAAAGAAUUACAGAGAAAUUAAAACAAUAAUAUAAAAUAUGAUUAAUAUUGUCUGAGACCGAAUGAGAUUGAUGACGCAAGAGGGUGAAAAUGUUGAUUGAUUUACGAGUUAUUGAUAUAUGUGCACACGUUUUAAAAUCAGUUGAGAAAUGGUGAAACGAAUAGAUAUGGAUCUUUGAAAAUUGCGCGCACGAAAAAAUUUCAUUGAAAAAACUUGCGAAUCCAUAAGACAAUUCUAUUGGAUUUCGCUUGAAAUUUGUAUUAGUUUUUAAUAUAAAUAUUCUAUAGAAAAUGCAGUGGAAUUCGAUUUUUCUACACAACUUAUUCCACUGAGA